AGUACUGUCAUUCAUGACUAUAACAUAGCAACAGCUUCUCUAGCUGCACUACGGUGUCACUUGUCACACUUGUCGCAGCAUCAUUAAGUUCGAAUCGAACUCCUCGAUUUCGAGCCAAUUCGCAUAUUCGAAUUGUAUAAUUUUUCUUUGAUAUAGUUUAUUUCGUUUCUCCGAGCGAGUGAAAGCUGCGUGUAGAGUGCACACACAGUCUAUUGCUGUACUUAACCUUGCAAACUUCAUCAAAACACGCGAAAUGGCUGUUGUAGGAGAAACUUUGCAUUUGGAGCGAGAUAUCAAGAGAUCCAUCGAGCUUUUGGAUAAAUUACAGAAAAUUGUUUUUUUAAAAGGUGGAGAAAUCCCAGUAACAAAAUUGUCUGCCUUACAAAAAGUUUUACAAAGUGAUUUUCUCAAUGCAGUGAGAGAAGUCUAUGAACAUAUUUAUGAAUCUGUGGAUAUUCAGGGUUCUCAAGAUGUCAGAGCUGUUGCUACUGCAAAAGCCACUGUGGCUGCAUUUGCUGCAAGUGAAGGUCAUGCUCAUCCACGCGUAGUGGAACUUCCUAAAACUGAUGAAGGAUUAGGAUUCAAUGUUAUGGGUGGCAGAGAGCAAAAUUCACCAAUUUAUAUUUCAAGAAUCAUUCCUGGUGGUGUAGCAGAUAGGCAUGGUGGAUUGAAACGUGGGGAUCAAUUGUUAUCUGUGAACGGAGUUUGUGUCGAAGGAGAGAAUCACGAGAGAGCUGUUGAACUCUUGAAACAAGCAAAUUCUGUUAAACUUGUUGUUCGUUACACACCUAGAGUAUUGGAAGAAAUGGAAAUGAGAUUUGACAAGCAAAGGGCUGCGCGCAGACGACAGAAUCACUAAAGAAGUAUUAAUAACAAUUCAUGAAUUGACAAUUUAUAGUUUAUCGAGUCAUCAAAGUUUGUCAAGAGACUGUUGUACCCUUAUUUAUCCAAUUUUAUUUUUCAAAUUCUAUAAGAGUAGUUUUUAUGUGAUCAACUUAAUAAUUUAUUGCAAUUUCAUAUUGAUAAAUGUACAAAAAAAAAAAAAAGAAACAAACUUAAAAGUCAUUAAUGUUUAUCAUAAGUAUUUGAGAUGAGUAUUGUGACAGAAUUAUUAUUUACAUAGCUUUUAUUGAUUUUAGAAUAAAAAUCCUGUCAAACAUA